CUGUGACAACCGACCGGCCUAUCUGCACGGCAUGGUGCUGCACUGGAAUCAUCCUUUGUUUAUAUAGCUGUGAACUGCGCCGCGUGAGUCGUGCUAGAUUGAUAAUUCUCUCGUCCUUCUCAGUUCUCUCUGCCUGGUUCUCCUGUUCAACUGCGCUGCUCCCCCAGCUGAUAUCUAUCAUACCACACAAAUCACACACAAUGGCCGCUCCCGCCCCAAACAAGUUCGACCCCGACUUCACUCCCCAAGUCCUCGACUCCUUUGGUCCAGCGACAAAUCCACGCGCAAAGGUUGUCCUCAGCAGCCUCAUCAAGCAUAUCCACGACUUUGCGCGCGAAGUCGAGCUGACCACUGAAGAAUGGAUGAUGGGAGUGCAAUUCUUAAACUCCAUCGGACAGAUUAGCACACCCAAGAGGAAUGAGGGCCACCGCAUCUGUGACGUGAUUGGUCUAGAAUCACUCGUCGACGAGAUCGCGAAUAAGGUCAUCAUUGACAGCGGCGAAGUCCCUACAUCAACCACAAUUCUCGGCCCCUUCUGGUCGCCAAACGCACCAUGGCGCCAAAUCGGUGGCAGCAUCAUCCAAGACCCUCACAAUGGCCAGGUCACAAAAAUGCACGGUCGUGUCGUUGAUGUGAUUACGCAGAAGCCGCUGAAGAAUGCUGUCGUCGACAUCUGGCAGGCAUCGAGCAACGGCAAAUACGACUUCCAAGACCCUGAAGGCCAGUCAGAUAACAAUCUGAGGGGCAAGUUCAGGACAGAUGCGAAUGGAGAGUACUGGUUCUACUGUCUCAAGCCUACUCCAUACUCACUACCUACUGAUGGCCCUGCUGGUGUUCUUCUCGAUGUCAUGGACCGCUCUCCCUGGCGACCGGCCCAUAUUCAUCUCAUGAUCACCCACGAGGACUACCGCACCGUCGUCAACCAGAUCUACCCACGCAACGACCCCUACCUUGGCAUUGACUCCGUCUUUGCCGUCAAGAACGACCUCGUUGUCGACUUCGUGCCUCUGCAGGGCGACAAGCACGCUGAGCUAUCAAUGGAGUACAACAUCAGGCUGGCACCAAAACUCCUGCGCUCCAACCCCAUGAUCGACCCUGCGAAACACAAGAUCUAGGGAAGCGUUCAGGUUGGCACGGUAGAAGUAAGCGAUCGGAGAUACCUUGUAUAUAGGACGAUGACUUGCAUGGUAUGGUGUUCAAGAUCUUUCGGGCGUCAGAUUAGCAUCUAAGUAGACUGCGUUUUGCGUCGACUCACACAUAUUCAAAAUUUCUAAUCAGCCCCC